GAUAACUUUUAAUUUUUUUACAGAAUAGUGAUGAGUAGCAAUUCUAUUACUUUUGCCAAUGGAGUGUUGAUGCCUUUGAUUGGAUUGGGCACAUAUCAAAUACACUCAAAAGAAGCCAUAUACAAGGUGCUGGAGGCAGGUCUGGCCAGCGGCUACCGUCUUAUUGAUACAGCAUCAGGUUACCGCAACGAAGAACACAUCGGCGCGGCCCUCCGUGACCUCCUGCCUAAAUUUGGACUUAAAAGAGAAGAUCUUUUCAUCACUAGUAAAAUUGGACCAUCAUCUGCUGGCAAUCACGCCUCAGUUGUGUCGUGCUGCCAAGCGUCGCUUCAGCACCUCGGAACAACCUACCUUGACCUCCUCCUCAUACAUUGGCCAGGUCUCCACAAAAUAGCUGGCGAGGACCCUCGCAACAAGGCUGGUCGGCUGGUGACGUGGUCUGCUCUACAGGACCUCUACAGGAGCGGCGUCACAAGAGCCAUCGGCGUCUCAAAUUACGAGACCCGACACUGCCGUGAGAUCCUCGACUCCGGCAUCGUGCCUCACGUCAACCAGGUGGAGCUACACCCGCACUACCCGCAGGAGUCGCUGCUGGAGUUCUGCAGGGAGCACGGCAUCGCCGUCCAGGCCUACUGCUCCCUGGGCAGCCGCGACCACAAGGACAAACUGCUACAGGAUCCUGCCGUCCUCAGCGUGACUGAGUCCUGCGCGGCGUCUCCUGCUCAGGUCCUACUGGUCUGGGCACUGCAGCAAAACAUAGGUGUACUGCCGAAGUCCACCAACACUGACCACAUCGCAGCCAACAUCGCUGCCCGAGACCUCGUGCUCAGCAAGGAACAGUUCAGCCUCAUCAACUCCAUACAGACGCGCUACAAAUACGCCUGGGACCCCAAGAAUAUUUACUAAAUCUUUAGAUCUCGACUUCAAAAUUUUUUCACGUUCUCUUUGGAUCAUUCAUUUCAG